CCGUAUUGCGCCAUUGUACCCUUGUUAAGCUACUGCAAUUCCCCGCUGCAAGACAUACAGAUGGGGAAGGCAGAAUCCCAGGUAUGACAGCAAGACAGUCGGAAUAUCUGACUUGAUGAAGCUCUAUGACAUUCGCCGUAUGAGUCAACUUUUCAGUACCUCAAAUUUGCCAACUCUACUCAAUUUAACUCAACAAACAAGUCCCUCCCAAUUGUUGGCGGCACUGAUCCGUAGAACAAUCAACAAUCCUGUCAGUCAUCCCCGCUCCGAAUCAAUCUCCGAAAUAUUCUCCGGCUACACAACCCCAAUUCGGCGACGAGCCGUUUCCACCAUUUUAUACUGACCAGGUUGUAAAGAAACAUUCACUUCGCGCAAAUUUCCCAUCACCAAGGUCUCAUAAAUCGUUAAAAUGGCUUGGGCUGAACCUAGAAACACUGGCAUGAUCUACCGUCGUCUCGGUAGAUCCGGUUUACAUGUCUCUGCGAUUGGUCUUGGUAGCUGGAUGACCUAUGGAGGUUACGCUCAAGAUGAGGAGGCAUUUGCUUGCAUGAAGAAGGCUUACGACCUUGGAAUCAACUUCUUUGACACAGCCGAGAACUAUACCGCUGGCCAAGCUGAGAUUGUCAUGGGAAAGGCUAUUAAGCACUUUGGGUGGAAGCGCAGCGAUUUGGUCAUUAGCACAAAGAUCAACUGGGGCGCCGUUAAUGGAGAGAUUCUCGUCAACAACCAUGGGCUUUCGAGAAAGCACAUUAUCGAGGGUCUAGACGCCUCAUUGGAGCGUCUCCAGCUCGACUAUGUCGACAUUGUCUACGCUCACCGGCCAGAUAGACUGACUCCUAUGGAAGAGACUGUCCGAGCCUUCAACUACCUGAUUGACAACGGAAAGGCUUUCUACUGGGGUACAUCAGAGUGGUCCGCUGAUGAGAUUGCCGAAGCUGUCGGAAUUGCUCGUGAUCUAAGAAUGAUUGGACCUAUCGCCGAGCAACCCUUUUACAACAUCCUCGUCAGAGACAGAGUUGAAGGCCAAUUCCAACGCCUAUAUGAGCGCACUGGCCUAGGCAUCACCUCAUUCUCCCCCCUGAAAAUGGGCGUUCUCAGUGGAAAGUACAACGACAUAGUUGACGGCAAGCCACCCAAAGACUCCCGUUUUGAAGCUAGCAAGGACAACUUCGCAGACUUCAUGCGCGGCCGCAUUGGCACUGAUGACUGGAAGGAGGAGAUCGACAAGGUUCGGCAGUUGAAGCCCAUUGCUGAUAAGCUGGGCAUCAGCCAGGCUCAACUUGGUAUUGCAUGGUGUCUUAAGAAUCAUAAUGUUACCAGUGUUAUCACCGGUGCCAGCCGGCCUGAGCAGUUGGAUGAUACUGUUGCUUCGCUGAAGAUUCUUGAUAAGCUGACACCAGAGAUUAUGGAAGAGAUUGACACUAUUACGAAGAACAAGGUUGAGCUGGACCCUGCUAGACAGAGCUAGAGACUUUUAAUCAAAAUUCAAGAGAAAUUUAUCACAUGAA